CGGCCCGCCCCCCGCGCGCGGCUUCCGGAGGCGGCCUGAGGCGCGGGCCCGGCGGCCGCGGGAGGAUGGACGCGCCCGACGAGGUGUCGGCGCGCGAGCAGCUUUUCCACAGCCAGGUCCGCGAGUCCACGAUCUGCUUCCUCCUUUUCGCCGUCCUCUACGUCAUCUCCUACUUCAUCAUCACACGGUACAAGCGGAAAUCAGAUGAACAUGAAGAUGAAGACGCCGUAGUCAACAGGGUUUCGCUGUUCCUCUGCACCUUCACGCUGGCAGUGUCGGCGGGCGCCGUCCUGCUGCUGCCUUUCUCCAUCAUCAGCAACGAGGUGCUGCUGUCCUUCCCGCAGAACUACUACAUGCAGUGGCUCAACGGCUCCCUGAUCCACGGCCUGUGGAACCUGGCGUCUCUCCUCUCCAACCUCUGCCUGUUCGUGCUGAUGCCCUUCGCCUUCUUCUUCCUGGAGUCCGAAGGCUUCGCCGGCCUGAAGAAGGGGCUGCGCGCCCGCGUCCUGGAGACGCUCGUCAUGCUGCUGCUGCUGGCCCUGCUCACGCUGGGCAUCGUGUGGGUGGCCUCGGCGCUGCUGGACCAGGACGCGGCCAGCAUGGAGUCCCUGUACGACCUCUGGGAGUUCUACCUGCCCUACCUGUACUCCGGCAUCUCCCUGCUGGGCUGCCUGCUGCUUCUCCUGUGCACGCCCGUCGGCCUGUCGCGCAUGUUCACAGUGAUGGGGCAGCUGCUGGUGAAGCCCACGAUUCUCGAAGACCUGGACGAGCAGAUGUACAUCAUCAGCCUUGAGGAGGAGGCGCUGCAGAGGCGGCUGGACGGACUGUCCCCGUCCGUGGGAUACGAUGUCGCAGAGCUGGAACGAGAGCUUGAAAACGUAAAGACGCUGAAGACAAAAUUAGAGAGACGGAAGAAGGCGUCAGCCUGGGAGCGGAACCUGGUGUACCCCGCCGUCAUGGUGCUGCUGCUCAUCGAGACGGCCAUUUCAGUCCUCCUGGUGGCCUGCAACAUCCUGUGCCUGCUGGUGGACGAGACUGCCAUGCCCAAGGGGUCCCGGGGCCUGGGCAUCGGACGGGCGUCCCUGUCCGCCUUUGGUUUCGUGGGGGCCGCCCUGGAGAUCAUCUUGAUUUUCUACCUGAUGGUGUCCUCAGUGGUCGGCUUCUACAGCCUCCGCGUCUUCGGCAGCUUUGUGCCCAGGAAGGACGACACGACCAUGACCAAGAUCAUCGGGAACUGCGUGUCCACCCUGGUGCUCAGCUCCGCACUGCCCGUGAUGUCCAGGACCCUGGGAAUCACGCGCUUCGACCUGCUGGGCGACUUCGGGAGGUUCAACUGGCUGGGGAACUUCUACAUCGUGCUGGCCUACAACCUGCUCUUCGCCGUCGUCACCACGCUCUGCCUCGUGCGCAAGUUCACCUCCGCCAUGCGCGAGGAGCUGCUCCGCGCCCUGGGACUCCACAAACUGCAGUUCUCAAACCCUGCCCGGGACUCGGACACCUCCAAGCCUGCAGCCAACGGGCACCAGAAAGCCUUGUGAGGUGGCCCCGUGCCCCAGGCGGGGGGCCGCCUCCGUCCGCGUCACCUCCCUGCUCCUCUGCCCAGGCUGCGACAGUGCCCCGGAGCAGCAGGGCCUGAGCUCUGGGGCCUCCCUGCCGAGGGCUGCCCAGGCCCCUCUUCUCAGCCACGAGGACCCCGUGUUUCCGGGGCGGCCCGGGGCCGCAUCUGCUGUGCGGGGGUCCCGACGCACGUGCGGCCAUGUCAGGGAGGACACAGGAGUCCCCGCCUGCGAGGGCCCCGCUCGGAGACUGGGGGUGAGUGUCUGCCCUGAGGCCGUGGCCCGCCUGGAGCACUCCGGGUUUCUCGCCGCCGGCUGUCACGGAGCCCCGGGCCUGGCCUGCAGCCUCCUGACUUCCCUGCCCGCCGGCCGUGGGGUCCAGCAGGAUGGUCGCAGGAAGCGGGGAAGGUGUGUCCAUGCUCAGGCCCCCUGCAGCCCUGCAGCUGUCACGGCCUUCCGGCUCUGAUGGCCUCUGACGGCCUGGCGGAACCUCGGGCUCGCGGGCGCUCCGGGCUGGCCGCCAGCCCUGCGGCGGUGUCCAGGGCAGCAGGCGGCCUGCCAGGUGGCCUCUGAGUCUGUGUGAGGGGCCGGUGCGCUCCGUGCGCGAGCUGUAGGCGGCCACUGCGGGGCGCUGCGGGACGCUGUGGGGGCGGCAACCGGCCGGCCGAGUGGACUCCACGCAGAUAGCUUCCGCCCGGCGCCGUGUCCUGCUCCUGGCCGAGUGAGGAACGUUCCUGGGCUCAGCUCCUCGGCCUCACAUCUGCAGACGGGAGCCGUCGGGGCCGGGAGCCGCCCUGGGGUCACUGACCGGGGGGGGGGGGGGGCGAGCAGAGGCGGGCAGGUCUGGGCACUGGGAGGGGCUCGGGCUCCCUGUGGCGGCAGCCCCUCCCAUGAGCUUCCCACCUGGGGAAAGUGGCUGGGGGUCCUGGAAGCCCCUUCAGGCACGGGCCGAAGGGGGUGGGGGUGGGCUGUGCCCGCGGGCUCCAGGGCCCCGGGAGGUGGGGCUCUGCCCACGGCCUCGGAACUCAGCCGGUCAGGCUCUACGCUGGAACAUUCCUGCUCACGUCCACACGCCGUUUCUGGUGGGGGGAGGGGGUGGGCUUCCUCUCAGCACAGGUGUGGGGGGACGGAGGGCCCUUCCAUGGCUGGGGUCGCCGCUGCUGCUCCCGUCCCGACACGCCCUGGGGGACUGGCCACGGGCCCGUUCGCUGUCCCCCUUUUACAGACGUGGCCCUGGCUGAGGCUCUUGCUCACUGUCGGGUUAGGGUUGGGCCGGGCAGCUCUGCUCCGAGACCGUGGAGGGGCCCGGCUGUGGCUCCCAGGGCCACGUGCAGAGGGUCGGUGGCCUGUGCCAGGGCCCCUGACCCCUGCCCAGGUGGUGUCUACCCCAGGCCCUGCCCUGCCCGCCGGGCCAGGGAGCCGUGGCAUCUGGCCAGAGCAGCAGCACUGCCGCCCCGCCCGGCCCGUGUCCCGCAGCCACACGGAUGCACUGAGGGCGGCCUCGCCCGUGGCCCCCCGGGCCUGUCACUGAGCCACAGGGACGUGCUGUGGGCCCCUCGCCCACGCGCCGUCCAUUCCAGUGUUGCGUUUGCUCGUUCCCAAGGGACACUUCCGAGUGUGACCUUUCCAAUGUCUCCGACAUUAAAGUUUUGCAAAAAGUGA